GCAGGCAGGGCUGGGAUUCAAUAGCCCCCUGCAGCCACAGCCCCGGCAGAGCACGGCUGUCCUGGGGCCAGGCAUCACCUCCCUCCUGCAGAGCCAGGGAGCAGCGCACGCCGCGAUGCCCGAGCCGUGAAGAAAAUCCAAGAUCACAGCCUCACGCAAACUCUUGUUGAAGAGUUUGAUGCUGGCCAAAGCCAAGGAGGAGUGGGACCAGGAGAUUGUGGACAAGCAGGCAGAGAAGGAGAGGUACCUGUCAGAGCGGGUCACUCCCCUGCGCACCAGCGGGCUCUCCUUGAGCCAGCUCCAGGACCUGUGCAGGGAGCUGCAUGAGAAGGUGGAGAUCGUGGAUGAGGAGAGAUACGACAUUGAAGCGAAAUGCAACCAUAACACCCGGGAGAUUAAGGAUCUGAAAAUCAAGGUUCUUGACCUGCGGGGGAAGUUCAAGCGGCCGCCGCUGCGGCGGGUCCGCGUCUCGGCCGACGCCAUGCUCAGGGCUCUGCUGGGCUCCAAGCACAAGGUCUCCAUGGACCUCAGGGCCAACCUCAAGUCUGUCAAGAAGGAGGACACGGAGAAGGAGCGCCCUGUGGAAGUGGGUGACUGGCGCAAGAACGUGGAGGCCAUGUCGGGCAUGGAGGGGAGGAAGAAGAUGUUCGACGCUGCCAAGUCCCCCACGGGGCAGUGAGAGGAGCACUGGCAAGAAGACCAUCCCCAUCCCUGCUGCCAGCCUGCCCUUGCUGCUGCUCUGUCCCUGUGUGCCCUUCCCUGAGCUCCCCCUGAGCUGAAACACAAGGACAAUGGUGUGGGGAGCAGACCUGAGCUCUUCCUUCCAGCAGUGCCCUCAGCCCUGCCCCUGCACAGCGUCCCCCCUCCCUCAGCCACCAUGGCCACCCACCCCCCAGCCCUGCAGACACCCCAGCAGCAGCUGCUGCUCCCCCAUGCCCAGGUGUGUCACCCCAGAGGUCCCUGUGUGCAUUAAAGGACUGUCCAGGUUGGGAUGGUGUGGGCUCA